AUGGCGGACACGCCAACGGGAUUCUCUAUCCCAACCCAUCUCGAUCCGGACUUGUUGGAGACCUAUGUUCACAAUCAGGGACUCGCCAUCGAUUAUCUCGUUACCAAGGGCCAUAUCACCGUCAACAAAACCAUCAAACUCAAGAGGAAUGGCCUCUUGUACGCUGAGGGAGAGGAAGAUGAGAUGGAGGAUAUUCUUCGCAAGGAGCCAUGCUUGCCUCAAGGUGGUGCUGACGCUGCCCUUCGACAAGACAGCCGAUCAUCUCUGUUGGAAAGCCUCCUGGAGGCUAAACCAUUGAAGCGUAUGAGUACGGACAAAUGCUAUUCUACGAUCAUGGACAUUCUGAACAACCUCCCUAUAACGGCUCAUCCUGCCUGGGGCACUCUAGCAGCAACUCUGGCAGCUGAUACUGCAUCUGGAAGAUCAGGAUCGGAUCUGUGCGCAAAGAUUGGCGCGGCCUGCGAGGAAGAAGAGUUGGACUGGAAAGCGUUCGAGUUCUUCAAGAAAGCCUGCGAAAACGGACCGAGAUACAUACAUUAUUCGCAAAUUGUUGCCAGCUUGUUUAGGCUCAUGGGUGUUCGACAGGGGCGCCCGAAUACUUUAUGCCUCCUAUACGGCAGGGCGCAGUUUCAUGACACUGAAACAGCCGACACCAUGUUGUCACUGACGGCUCUCAUUCAGUACAUCCAAAUUUCUCGUUCCGGCGAAUCGGAAAACGUCUAUCCAAUCCUACGGCGAAAGUGUCGAAACUUGGGAGAACUCCUCUCCAAGAAUAGGGUAGCUCCCAGGUUGCGUCGUGUUAUGGAGCUUUAUAUCGACGAGUCUGCUGGUAACGACAUCGAGGUUGACAAUGAUGACGAUCAUCCAGAGGGUCUACAGCCGGAGAAGAAACGACGUCGUACCCGGCCUUGA